AGCUGGGUCGAUGACAAGACGCCCUGGACCACGCGGUACGGAUCCAGCGGGCUGGCGGAGCUGGGACACGACGUGAUCAAGACCCUGAUCCUGCCGCGGCUGCCGGCCGAGGGCGAGCGCGUGCGGAACAUUCUGGAAGGGCCGGUGGUGAGCACCAUCGACCGCAUCGGCGCCGACCACGUGCAGAGCCUGCUGCUGAAGCACUGCGCCCCGGUGCUGGCCGCACUGCGCCCCGGUGCUGGCCAAGGCGCGCGCCCCCCCGACAGCCCCGAGUGUUACCGCGGCGAUUUCGGGUACCUGGGGCUCCUCUGCUCACACGUGGUGAAGGCGAGAGCGCAGGCGGCGCUGCAGGCCCAGCAGGUCAACAGGACCACGCUGACCAUCACCCAGCCGCGCCCCACGCUGACGCUGUCGCAGGCCCCGCAGGCCCCGGGCGCCGCCCCGCGCCCCCCCAGCAUCAUCAAGGUGCCCAGCGCCAUCGCGCUGCCCGUGCCCGUGCCCGUGCCCACGCUGGCGCCCGGGCGCCCCGGCACCCCCACGCAGCCGUCGCCGCCGCCCCCCAAGUUCAUCGUCAUGUCCUCGGCCAGCAGCGCCGGCCAGCAGGUGAUCACGCUGAGCACGUCGCCCGCGCCCACGGCCACGUCGCCCGUCACCAGCACCGUGCCCAGCGUGCAGCCGCUGGUCAAGCUGGUGUCCCCCGCUGUCCCCAGCAGUGCCACCGCCGCCAGCAGUGCCACCCCCGGCGGCGCCACCGCCGCCACCGGCACCGGCAGCAACGUCACCGGCGCCGUGCAGAAAUACAUCGUGGUGUCCCUGCCGCCCGCCGCCGCCGCCGCCGCGGGUGACGCGGCCAAGGGUGGCACCGCCGUCACCGCCAGCGCCACCAACGCCACCCCGCCGCCCGCGCCGCAGCUGUCCCCGAGUGCCACCACCACCGGCGGCUCCCCCGGUGCCACCGCCGCCGCCGCCACCAAGGGUGAGGCUGCUGGGGACAGCCCCCAAGGGGCCGGUGGCAGUGCCACCCUCAGGGCCAGCGCGGGGGACACAGGAGCCACCGGCGGGGCAGUGACGGCGGUGAGGGCACCGCGGUGGCACCCGGGGACGCCAGAGGGGCACCAAAGUGUCACCAAGGGGCACCAAAGUGUCCCAGAGGGGUCUCAGUGUCACCAAGGGGCACCAGAGGGGUUCCGGUGUCACCAAAGUGUCACCAAGGGUGUCCCCAGAGGGGUCUCAGUGUCACCAAGAGUCACCAGAGGGGUCUCAGUGUCCCCAAAGUGUCCCCAGAGUGUCCCCAGUGUCCCUAAAGUGUCCCCAAGGGGCACCAGAGGGGCACCAAAGUGUCACCAAGGGGCACCAAAGUGUCCCCAGAGGGGUCUCAGUGUCACCAAGGGGCACCAGAGGGGUUCCGGUGUCACCAAAGUGUCACCAAGGGCCACCAGAGGGGUCUCAGUGUCCCCAGAGGGGUCUCAGUGUCACCAAGGGGCACCAGAGGGGUUCCGGUGUCCCCAAAGUGUCCCCAGGGUGUCCCCAGUGUCCCUAAAGUGUCCCCAAGGGUCACCAAAGGGGUUCCAGUGUCACCAAAGUGUCACCAGGGUGUCGCCAGUGUCCCUGAAGUGUCCCCAAGGGGCACCAGAGGGGCACCAAAGUGUCACCAAGGGGCACCAGAGUGUCCCCAGAGGGGUCUCAGUGUCACCAAGGGUCACCAAAGGGGUUCCAGUGUCACAGAGUGUCCCCAGUGUCCCUAAAGUGUCCCCAAGGGUCACCAGAGGGGUUCCAGUGUCACCAAAGUGUCCCCAGCGUGUCCCCAGGGUGUCCCUAAAGUGUCCCCAAGGGCCACCAGAGGGGUCUCAGUGUCACCGAAGUGUCACCAAGGGUCACCAGAGUGUCCCCAGUGUCACCAGAGGGGCUCCAAAGUGUCACCAAAGUGUCACCAGGGUGUCCCAGUGUCACCAGAGUGUCACCAAGGGACAUCAGAGGGGUCCCAGGGUCACCAGAGUGUCCCCAAAGUGUCCCCAGGGGUGGGGUCUCAGUGUCACCAAGGGGUCCCUAAAGUGUCACCAAGGGGCACCGGGGUCCCCAAAGUGUCCCUAAAAUGUCCCUGGGUCCCUCCGUGGGGACAGAGGGUGUCCCCAAAAGUGUCCCCAAAAUGUCCCCGGGUGUCCCCAAAAUGUCCCCAAAAUGUCCCCAAGUGUCCCCAAGGUGUCCCUGGGUCCCUCCGUGGGGACAGAGGGUGUCCCCAAGAUGUCCCCAAAAUGUCCCCCCGGUGUCCCCCCGCACGGGGGCUGUGUGGAGCUCAAUAAACUCCCAGUUCAUCCCAGUUAA